UUUAAAUAACGUCUUUCUUGAAUUGACCAGCCGUUCACGAACAUCAUGGCGACGACCGUGAAUAGUGGAAAUGUCCCUGUGUCGGACACACAAUCCUCAACCUCGGCUGAUCCGCGCUAUGAAGGCUCAACAUUUCAGUACAGCAUGCUUCUGGAGCACCUCGUCGGGGAGAAGAGGCCGAUUAAAGAUCUGAAUCCGACCGUUAUGGGAGGUCUUCCCAAUCCCAUGAAAACCGACGACCAGAAGAUGAUCGAACGGGGAAUGGAGAGCUGUGCCUUCAAGGCGGUGUUGGCAUGUGUUGGAGGAUUUGUUCUUGGGGGAGCGUUUGGUGUGUUCACGGCUGGCAUAGAUACCAAUGUGGGAUUUGACCCCAAAGACCCCAUGAGAACACCUACUGCCAGAGAAGUCCUUAAAGACAUGGGCCAGAGGGGAAUGUCCUACGCCAAAAACUUUGCAGUCAUUGGUGCAAUGUUCUCCUGCACAGAGUGCAUCAUUGAAUCGCACAGGGGAAAGUCAGACUGGAAGAAUGCUGUCUACAGUGGUUGUGUUACUGGGGGAGCAAUAGGAUUUCGUGGUGAGUUAUCUACUUAAUCUGGGGCGAAGGCUGGAGUACUGGGAUGUGGAGGUUUCGCUGCCUUCUCUGCUGCCAUUGAGUACUAUCUCCGGUGAAAACAAGGGGGCCUUCGUUACCUCUGUGGAAUAUGGUUGAGGUGACUGUCCCUCUGGGCCAGUAACAUACUUUAUACCUAAUGGAAUGAAACACAUCCCAGAGAACACUGCUCUGCAGAUGGCGCAUCUGAUCAUGAGUAUUAUUACAGUUGGACAAUUCCAUCCUGGUCUUCAUCAAUCACAUUUAUUUAUAAAGCCCUUCUUACAUCAGCUGAUGUCAAAGUGCUGUACAGAAACCCAGCCUAAAACGCAGAUGUAGAAGCACGGUGGCAAGGAAAAACUCCCUAGAAAGGAACCUAGAGGAACCAGGCUAUGAGGGGUGGCCAGUCCUCUUCUGGCUGUGCCAGGUGGAGAUUAUAACAGAACAUGGCCAAGAUGUUCAUAGAUGACCAGCAGGGUCAAAUAAUAAUAAUCACAUUGGUUGUAGAGGGUGCAACAGAUCAGCACCCCAGGAGUAAAUUACCUUUUGUUGACUGUAUGCUGGCUUUUCCUUUAUCGAAGUUAAACUUCAUCAUUGAGAUGAAACUGUCAGUUUUAGAUGAGAGCUGGCUAUUCUCUCCUUUAGUUGUGGGUAAAAUAUAGCCUGGUGACAUUAAGUCAAAAGUUUGCGUCCAGGUCAAUGGGUGUGUUUGAGUGUUAAGGCAACAAACACUAAAUGUGCCAUUGUUUAUAAAAAAUGUUUUUGUCAAAAUAAACAUCUGCAUCCUCCAACACCCAUAUUAUACUCAAACUGAAAUCGUGUGUACAUUAUACAAUCAGUGAGUCAUGUAUUUACUGUACACAUGAAUUGUGGAACAUUUGUUUCAUGUCUUUGACCCAUGCAAAGGUGACCAAACAAAUCUACAAUGCAGGUGAUGGAUGCAGAAACCUAUACUCCAAACUUUGACCUUUGUAAAGUUCAUGAGUCAGACAAUUUCUAAGCUCCAGAAUGCAACACACUUACUUUGAAAGGCGAUGACUUGACAAAAGUUAGCCGCUCUAAUGCAACUAAUUGUUUUAUAGUCUCGGACUCAAACAGCCUUACUGUAAAAGCAACAUUUACAGUUAACUGAAACAAGUCACCGGUGUAAAUUGUUUAUUUAAAGUCAUUGAGCAAUGCAUUACAUGACUGGACGUGCCCACCCAGAUAAGAUCUACAGAUGUUUAAAAUUCAUUAAUGGUGAAUAAUAUGAACUCAAGAGUUGUGGGUUCGAUGCGUCAUUUAAUUGCAGGACUGGUUAUCAAUUAAAACACUGCUAAUUGCUCCUGUAGUUUUGUAUUCAUUUUUCAAUUCUAAUGAUUUGUUUGGUAACUGCAUGCUUAAUAGAUUCGGAAUACUUAAGAUUGCAGUGCAAAAAAUUGAGUAUGGACAGUACUGAUAAAAUGAUAAUGAAUGUCACUUCCCAACUAUCACAAAGUGCAGUAUGCUGCACCAAACAAAAACACAAGUACCAAAACAAUUAUUACUUGCAAUAAAAGUUAAAGACAACUUCAUUUUGGUACACUUAUUUUACAAAAAAAAAGUUUACAUCAAUAUUUAUCCUUGUUAAUACAGUAUACUCAUUGUUCUCAAAGUAAAAUACAUAUUUUCUUUUAAAUCUUAUCAAAUAGGACUCAUCAAACAGUGCUUAUUUUAAGAUGUCUCAGGCUUGAUAGCAGAAAGGUUGGAUUUGUACAGCAUUGAUGGAGAUUGCUGGUGCAACAACCUACCUUUGUCACCCACCCUGAUAUGAUUGACAAGCUGAACAUGCAAUGAGGGCAUUACACUACAAACAUCAUCCCAAAGAUUAGAACUGGUGUCAUUGGACACUCGGAACAGGCUUGCAAUGUAAUGACGAAAAAAAAGCUAAUGUUCAAAAAUGUGUUACAUUUUUCCAUAACCCUCAUCUCACAGAUUGAUGAUAUCUCUCUUUAAAGAGUGGUUCAGAAUAAACUCAGAUUUUACACUG